AUGCAGUACAAUUCGCAAUCUUCACCUCUCCUCACCACAACCAUGGAGAAAGCCUUUGCUAGAUUUUCUGCUUCAACAAUCACCACUAUUUUGCUUCUUGUCUGCAUUUUCAAUAUUCUAGGAGUGGAAGGAAGUAUUGGUGUCAACUAUGGCACGGUGGCUAACAACCUGCCUCCACCAGCACAAGUAGCCCAUUUUCUUUUAGAAUCGACCAUUAUCAACCACGUUAGGCUCUUCGAUGCCAACGCCGAAAUUCUACGAGCCUUCGCUCACACAGGCAUUGCAGUCACAAUCUCUGUCCCAAAUGAUCAAAUCCCUCACCUUACCAAGCUUGGUUUUGCACAAGAAUGGCUAAAAUCCAAUGUCCAGCCUUAUGUGCCGGCUACCAACAUCGUCCGAAUUUUGGUAGGAAAUGAAGUAAUAUCAACAACGAACAAAUUGUUAGUAGGAAGCUUGGUUCCAGCCAUGCAAACUCUUCAUACAGCUUUAGUUGGUGCAUCAUUAGACCGUAGAAUCAAAAUCUCUACCCCUCACUCUUUAGGCAUUCUCUCAAGUUCAAGCCCACCAUCCACUGGAAAGUUUCGACAAGGCUACGAUACACAUGUUCUUAAACCAUUGCUUAGCUUCCUUCGUGCCACCAAUUCACCAUUCAUGAUAAACCCUUAUCCAUUUUUCGGAUACUCUCCUGAUACUCUUGAUUAUGCACUAUUUAGGCCUAAUUCAGGAGUGCUUGAUGAAAACACCAAACUUUCUUACACAAACAUGUUAGAUGGACAGCUUGAUGCAGUCUUUUCAGCGAUGAAACUUCUUGGUUUCACUGAUAUUGAAAUUGUCAUAGCCGAAACCGGGUGGCCGUCACAGGGAGACCCAUCACAAGUUGGUGUUGAUGCAGAAAGUGCAGCUGAAUACAACAGGAAUCUAAUGCAGCAUGUAACGGCCUACCUGCGAGAGGAAUUUCGGAUUGUUCCAGCCGGACAUGACUCCGGUGUACGAUAUUGGAAUCCUAAGGCCAACGCUUCUGAAACUCUGUCUUGGCAGGCUAAAUCAUCCAUUCCCACGAAUCCUUCUACGGCACCGGUGGCUGCACCACCAGUGAUCAGUCCAGGACCAGAAGGGCCUAAAGGAAAAAAGUACUGGUGCCUUCCAAAAACAGGAGCCGAUGUGGAGGCUCUGCAGAGAAACAUAGAUUAUGUUUGUGGCUUGAACAUGCAGUACUGCGCACCUAUUCAAGAAGGUGGCAAAUGCUUCCUGCCUAACACAGUAAGAGCACACGCCGCUUUCGCCAUGAACGCGUACUACCAAGGCACGGCAAAGAACGUCUACGAUUGCAAUUUCGAACAAACUGGGGCCAUUUCCAAUGUGGAUCCAAGCUAUGGAAACUGCAAGUAUUGA